AUGGGUGUGGCCAAGAAGACGAGAAAGUUUGGCCUGGUUAAGCGAGUGAUUGGCAAAAGCGAUGCGCGACUCAAAGAGAACCAAGCGAAGCAAGAGGCCCUGCAGAAGCUCAAGCAGAAGAAGACGGUGCAGGGCGAGGUGGUGCGCGAGGUGCAGCAGAUGCCCAGCAACAUGUUCUUCCAGCACAACACGGCCCUCGUGCCGCCGUACAACGUCCUCGUCGACACCAACUUCCUCAGCCACACGGUGCAGCGCAAGCUGUCGCUGCUUGAGUCCAUGAUGGACUGCCUCUACGCCAAGUGCAACCCCAUCAUCACCUCGUGCGUCAUGUCGGAGCUGGAGAAGCUCGGCCCCAAGUACCGCCUGGCGCUCAAGGUGGCGCGCGACGAGCGCUGGCAGCGCCUGACGUGCGACCACAAGGGCACCUACGCGGACGACUGCCUCGUCGACCGCGUGCAGAAGGACCGGAUAUACAUUGUGGGAACCAACGACAGGGCGCUGAAGCAGCGCCUGCGCAAGAUCCCUGGCGUGCCGCUCAUGAGCGUGGCACGGGGAAAGUAUGUGAUAGAGAGGCUGCCUGGUGCGCCAGACUCAUAA